CUAACUUGCACUGUUGAUAGAGCCAUUGAUAACCAGAAGAGCAACAUGGAACAGAUUAUACAGCAGUUGAGUAUGGAUGAGAAAAAUAAUGAAUGCCUGGAGUCUGACAACAAAAAGGAGAACAUCCUCUUGCACUUCCAUCUGGUCAUGGUUAGAGACGUGUGUCUAGAUGAAAAAGGAGAAUAUCCACAGAAGCUAGAGUCUGAAUGUGUGGCAGGUAUUACAGAAGACAAUACAGACAGUACAGAAGACAAUACAAACAGUACAGAAGACGGUACAGAAGACGGUACAGAAGACAAUACAGACAGUACAGAAGAUGGUACAGAAGACGGUACAGAAGAUAAUACAAAAGACGGUACAGAAGACGGUACAGAAGACGGUACAGAAGAUAAUACAGAAGACGGUACAGAAGACGGUACAGAAGACGGUACAGAAGACAGUACAGAAGAUAAUACAGAAGACGGUACAGAAGACAGUACAGAAGACGGUACAGAAGACGGUACAGAAGACAGUACAGAAGAUAGUACAGAAGAUAAUACAGAAGACGGUACAGAAGACAAUACAGAAGACACAUUUUCUGUGGAUGAAGUGUUGUCUAAGAGCAAAAACUUUUGCAUGACCUGGUGCACCUACACCAAGCAGUGUGAGAUUACAUCAGUUUGCCAAUCUAUCAUUAAACAUUACGAAAAGGAUCAGGUUCUGAUCCAGAGUUUAGGACACACCAUCGUCCAGCCUGAACAUUUCACCCCAAGACGUAGAAGAAGGGCUUGCAUGAAUAAUUACAAAUACGAUAGCAUGACAAUAUACUACUACAAGUCAAAUAUGGAAGAUAUGCACAAAGGUCAGCCUGUCAUAUUAAACUUCAGCGGUUCAAAUCGAUUUCUGAAAUGCAUGUACAAGAAUGAUAAAGCAGUUCUCACUGUUGAGAACUGGGAGCAAGAUAAACUGAAGUCCAUCUGUAAGAGUGACAAAACCACAUGGCCUUUUGUCUUCUUCCUCACGACUCAGAAGGACACACUUCGGCGCUUUGAGUCGGCCGCAUGCCAUGGUUGGUACAUCCACACAAGGUCUGGCUUAGCCUAUGCAUGUACUAGACUAGAGGAGAACGUUGAAGAAAAUACCUUCAGAAUUUUCCCUUCAUCACAACUGUGUAUUUCACCCCAAUAGACCCUACUAUUUACAGUUCAUAUGAAGAGAUGUGGAUUAAAUUGCAAUGAAAUUCAGUUAUAAGAUAUUGAUCAUUGUAAAUCUAUCAUCAGCAGAGAGAGACUGGCGCUAAGUUCAUCUCUAGAUUUCAUAGGAAUGUACUAGUGUAGUUUUUUUAGUCCAAAAAGACUAAACAACUAAAUGACCUGGUUCCAGCUGCAGUUUUCUGUUUCUUUAAAUGCUCAUCAUAUGAAUGUGUGAUGUUACUCGAAUUGUUACGUGUACAAUGUAACAAGCUAUGUUACGCAGCUAACCUUUGUUGAAAGAUCUGCAGUUUUCCAUUGUAUGAUUAAAUAUAUAUAUCUUGUAAUUAUCCAUUUGUGAAUUCCACUUAAAACAUUCUGUAUUGUAAUAAAAAGAAAUAAUGAACAAUA